AUGUCAGAACGAGUUCCUCCUUUACUAAGGAAAAUAUUAAACGCAGACAUUAAAAUAACCAAAAAGUUUGUGGUCCUUGCCAACAACUUUCUGCCUUUAAAAUCCCUACGAGUUCACUACAAAGCCCUAGAAAUAUCCUGUCAUGGAAUACCAUGGUUCGCAUUUUGGAUAGCGUUUACAUGGUUUUUUAACAAUACCUCGUUAGUACAGUUACAAGUGAACAUGUUGAUUGGUUUAUUCCUCGAUAUAGUUUUAAUAGCAUUGACAAAAGCAUUCUUCAGACGUCGCAGACCCACCAGCAAUAAAGACGACGCUUUGGGACAAAUUGGACCUGAUGUAUUUAGUUUUCCCUCUGGUCAUGCUAGCAGAGCUGCAAUGGUAGCCUUUGUAUUUAUUAAUUUAUAUCCAUUGCCCAUUUUUUGUAUACCACCAUUGCUCGCUUGGACUACAUCGAUAUGUAUAAGUAGAGUUCUUAUGCUUAGACAUCAUUUAUUGGAUGUUGCUGCUGGGGUUUUGUUGGGAAUAUUGGAAGGAGUUAUUUUAAGUAUCAUAUGGCUUGAACAAAGUACGGCUGUGUCUUUAAUGUCCUAUAUAUCAGAUGAAAAAUUGGAUGGUGGGGAAUUUCAUGUAUAG